GCUGUGGUUGUGCCACUGCACUCCAGCCUGGGUGACAGAAUGAGACUCUGUCUCAAAACCGACCAACCAACCAACCAAGCAGAAACAUUACGUUAACCAUCUCUGUUCCUUGUUAUCCCCAACUCUUCCUGUGAAUUAUGUGACCUCAAGGGCAAAUAACACAAGUGUUUCCCACUUAGUGUCAGUAAUCUGUUCUUGGAAAUCAUAAAUUCUGUAGGAAAAUAAUAGCAUAUUUUACAUAUUUAAAGAGGGAAGAUUAGACCAUGUCUCACUUCUAUUCCAAACCAGUGUCUUAAAAUGUAAGUAAAAUACAGUACAAUGCUUACUUAUAAGAGAUCCUUUUUGUGUAUUAUGUUUUUUUAAAGUCAACAGACAUUUUUAUGAUGUGAAGAACCUUAAAACACAAUUUACUAAUAUGCAAAGAGUUGCUUUUUAUGAUUCACAUGGUCUCUUAGCACCAGCAGUCUCACUGAUAUCCAUCAAGUUGGCAUUGUGAUUUGCAAAACUUCGACAUGAGGUUGUGAUGUUCUAGUGAUUGUACUUGACAAGUAAUUUCACAUUAUCUCCUUCACAUGAUUUUCUUAAAAACAUUGAGUUCUGGUGGCUUAGGUGUAUCAGUUACUAUUUUCUGUCUGAAGAACCAAUGAAACUCACUGGCUUAAAAAGAAGUGACCGUUUUAUUUGAUAGAAGUUCUGUUGAUUCACAUUUUGGCGUGUGUUCACCUGGGCAUUUCCUUUGCUAAUGUUGUCUGGAUCACAGAUGAGGCUUUAGUCAUCUGGUGCCUUCACUCACAUGUCUGAUGGUUCAUGCUGACCCUUGUCCGAGAAGGCAAGCACCAGUGGGCAAGUACUUUUCCAGCCUAUAUUUUCAUCAUAUUUUCCAUGUCCCAUUGGCAAAAGCAAGUCAAAUGGCAGAGCCCUGUUCGUUAUCAGAGCAUACUCUAUGAGGUCUGAGAUACAGGGACACAUGUCAUUAGGAAACAUUACUAAAACAGUAUAUCCCAAGAAAUAUACAAUAUGUACAUUUUCCCCCCUAUAUAAUUGUAGGCAAAAAAUGUUGGGUUGCAAGAAGCAUCCUUUCAAUGAUGCAUAGGUAUAUAAAAGAUGCAUCCUUUCAAUGAUGCGUAGGUAUAUAAAAGAUGCAUUCUUUCAAUGAUGCAAAGGUAUAAAAGCAAGAUGUGUUCUAGUGGAAGCACCUAUAUGGAAUCGUGUAGAAUCUCCAUAUUAGUAGUGAAAUAGUUAAUGUGGCUGAAUUAUAUUUCUACAAUAUUAAUUUCAUUGAAGACUAAGUGUAUAUUUCUUUGGUUUAAAUUAUUACAUUGUUUCUUUGGGCAAAUUAAUUGUUCCUAAAUCAGUAGGUAAUACAUGUUUUCAUUAAUCCAAAAAUAAAUUGUAUGUAUCUCUACUAGUUAAUGUAAUUGUGGGUACAUCUUCAGUGGGAUAUUUGUUGUCCCUUAUUGAGGCAUGAAUGACUGUUCUGUCACAGGGAGGUUUUGUUGUUGUUUUAGUCUUUUCCAGCUAUUGUGUAGAGCAUUUUGGGCAGGAGAAUCUAGGACCAAGCCACACCAGUUCUCUCCUUAACCCACUCCAUUCGACUGUUCUCCCAGCUAUGCUUCCAGAGUGCUCUGUGCGUUUCCACAAUCAACAAACAGUGAAUAAAUCUCUGGUAUGUGUUUAUAAUUUUUGUCAUCAUACCAGAUCACAGAAUUUUUUUCUACUUUUAUCUUUCACAAUAAGGAUGAUUCUACAUCUACAAGAGUACAGAGAAGCUACAGUUUAUGUAAGAUACACAUAAGAGACAUGCCGCUACAGAAGAAUGAACUCUGACAUUCCUAUCUUGUGACCCUGGGCUGAUGACUUGAGGAGAAAUGUGCCAUUACAGGGGUUGGUGUCCUUUGAGGAGGUGGCCGUGCACUUCACCUGGGAGGAGUGGCAGGACCUGGAUGAUGCACAGAGGACACUAUACAGGGACGUGAUGCUGGAGACCUACAGCAGCCUGGUGUCACUGGGCCAUUGCAUUACCAAACCUGAGGUGAUCUUCAAGUUGGAGCAAGGAGCAGAGCCAUGGUUAGGAGAAGAAUGGGCAAACCAGUGCCUCUCAGGUGUCCAGACAGUUGAUAUAAUUGAAAGAAGCCAGGAAAUUCAUCAUAGACGUAUAUGGCAAGUUGCAGUCACCAACAGCAAAACAUCAACCAAGGAAACAGUUGAAUUAGGAAAAAUACUUAAUUUGAGCUUAAACCAUAUUCCAGAUGUGAUGGUAAAUAAUGCACACUAUUCAGGAAUGAGGCCUGAGGAGUUAAAUGUAAGUCAGAACAUACAUAUCUCGAUUGAGCCUCAUGAAAUGCAGGCAGGAGGAAAACCUGAUGCUCGAAGUAUAACUGGGAAAUCUCUCACGUGUCAUGAGUAUUUUAGUCACCAUAACAAGAUUCAUAUGGAGCAGCCGCUUUUUGAGUAUAGUAGACAAGGAAAAGCCUUCAGCACUGAGGCAGAGAAGGGUCACGGUGGAAAGACUCCAUGUACCUAUAGUGAGCGUGGGAAAUCCUGUGAUAAGUCAGCACUCACUUGCCGGAAGAUAAAUGUCGAAUGUUGUGUAUGUGGGAAAGUGUUCUGUAAAAAGUCUAAGCUUACCAAACAUCAGAAAAUACACACAGGAGAGAAACCCUAUAAAUGUGUACUAUGUGAGAAAUCCUUCAUUAAGAAAUCAUACCUUGCAAAUCAUCAGAGAACACAUACACGGGAGAAACCCUUUGCAUGUACCAAAUGUGAGAAAUCGUUCUGUCAGAAGUCAAACCUAAUUGUUCAUCAGAGAAUCCACACAGGGGAAAAGCCCUAUGAAUGUCAUGAAUGUGGGGAAACCUUCUGCCAAAUGUCAGCCAUUAUUUAUCAUCACAGAAUACACACAGGAGAGAAACCUUAUGAAUGUAUGGAAUGUGGGAAAACCUUCUACCAGAGGUCAGCCCUCAAUGUACAUCAGAGAAUUCACACAGGAGAGAAACCAUAUAGGUGUAAUGAAUGUGGGGAAACCUUUUAUCAGAAGUCAGUCCUCACUGUACAUCAGAGAAUUCACACAGGUGAGAAGCCAUAUGAAUGUAAAGAAUGUAAGAAAGCUUUCUACCAUAAGUCAGCCCUCACAGUACAUCAGAGAACUCACACAGGUGAGAAGCCAUAUGAAUGUAAAGAAUGCAGGAAAACUUUUGCUCAGAAGUCAAAACUUACUGUACAUCAGAGAACUCACACAGGAGAAAAACCCUAUGAAUGUAAUGAAUGUGGAAAAACAUUUUGCCUGAAUUCAGUUCUCAUUAUACAUCAGAGAACUCACACAGGUGAGAAACCAUAUGAAUGUAAUAAAUGUGGAAAAACCUUUAGCCAGAAGUCAAACCUCAGGAUGCAUCAGGGUACUCACACAGGUGAAAAACCCUAUGAGUGUAGUGAAUGUGGGAAAACCUUCUACCAGAAGGCAGUUCUCACUAAACAUCAGAGGACUCACACAGGGGAAAAACCCUAUGAGUGUAAUGAAUGUGGGAGAACUUUUAGCCAGAAGUCAAACCUGAGGAUGCAUCAGAGUACUCACACAGGGGAGAAACCCUACGAAUGUAAUGAAUGUGGAAAAUCCUUCUACCAGAAGUCAGUGCUCACCACACAUCAGAGAACUCACACAGGAGAAAAACCCUUCAAGUGUAACGAAUGUGGAAAAACCUUUCGUCAGAGGGCGAACUACAGCAGGCAUCAGAAAACUCACACAGGACAGAAGCCUUAUAAAUGUAAUGGAUGUAGGGAAACCUUCUUCCAGAAGUCAGCCCUCACUGUACAUGAAAGAAUUCACAUGGGGAAGAAAUCCCAUGAAUGUAAGGAAUGUGGGAAAAUGUUCUACCAGAAGUCAUCCCUCAUGAUACAUGAAAGAAUUCACACAGGGGAGAAGCCGUAUGAAUGCAAAGAAUGUGGGAAAAGCUUUUGCCAGAAGUCAACUCUCAAUAGACAUCAGAGAAUUCACACACAUGAGAAACCAUAUGAAUGCAAAGAAUGUAGGAAAGCUUUCUACCAGAAGUCAGCCCUCACUGUACAUUACAGAACUCACUCAGGUGAAGAGGCCUGUUAACAUACUGAAGGUGUGAAAAGCCUUAGUAGCAAAUGAAAUCCUACAGCAUAUCAGUGGAUGCAUACAGGAAAUAAACCCUGUGCAUGUAACCAGUGUGAGAAAUCCUUCAACCACAAGUCAAGCCUUAAUACCCAUCAGAGAAGUCACACAGGGAAAGCCCUGUGGCUGUAUGAGUGUUGGAAACACCUUUUAGCAGAAGUCAGACCUCAGGAGG